AUGGAAACGGCGACUAGAGAAGAUCCAUUUCUGUCACAUUUCGAAACAUUGAUUGAUGAAGCACAAAUCAAUAAGAAAUCAUCGAAAACGACGAGUGAACUCUCAUCGUUGUCACUUGGUUCUUGUCAGUUUGCAUCGACAUUUACGGACAAAUCGCCGAUUCUGCCAUGUCCAGUCACUAAUCUUGAUUCAUUCGCAAUCAAAAAAUCUCUUUUGUCAAAUAUCGAAAACUCAGGUAGUCAAUUAACACCCUUACAGCUAGAUUUCUUCUCGCUAAUUCAUAAAUAUUACGAUGUUUACUACCCAAACCGAACGAAUUCGAACGAUGUCGGCGAACAACUACGAUUUGUUAUCUGUUUACAUCUGAUAAAUCAUGUUUUGAAAACCCGUUCCCGUGUAUUAUCUCACAAUGCGAAAUUAAAGGAGAAUCCCGAUCUGGAUUAUCGUGAUCAAGGUUUCUCCCGACCGAAAGUACUUAUCAUCGUUCCAUUUCGUGAAAGUGUUCGACGAAUAGUAAACUGUUUUGAAAAUCUCCUUCUCACCAAUGAUGACAGCGAAAAGGAUGAUCAAUUACAAAUGAGUCACCGAAAACGAUUCAAAGAAGAAUAUGGUGGGAGUGAAAUCGAUACCCCAGCGAACGAUGGAAAAUUCCAACGAACUUCCGAUGAAUACAAUGAAAUAUUCAGUGGCAAUAUCGAUGAUCAUUUUCGAUUAGGCAUAUCUGUAACACGUAAAUCAUUGAAAUUCUUUCAAUCGGUUUACAAAUCCGAUUUUCUCAUUGUUUCACCGGUCGGUCUUCGAACAUUACUUGAAAAGCGUCGUCAAAAACGUAAACGUGCGGAAGCAUCUGAUAAUUCCGAUUCCGAUGAUGACGACAAAGAUCAAGAUUCGUCAGCGAACAAUGCUUCAACAAUCGCUGACUUUCUCUCUUCAAUCGAAUGCGUUUACAUCGAUCAACUGGAUAUCUUAUCCAUGCAAAAUCUCGAUCAUCUAUUCUUUAUCUUAGAGAAUCUGAAUGUCAUCCCACAGCAAGCUACAGCAACAACAGACUUUUCUCGCAUACGCUAUUGGUCAUUGAAUGGUUGGGCACGUUUCUAUCGUCAACUAAUCGUUCUCUCGUCAUUCACAAGUCCACUAUUUCUUAGUUUGUUUCAUCGUUUUGCAAUGAACUAUGCUGGACAAUGCUUGAUACAACCGCAUUUUCCGCUGAAUGGGUAUAUACGUCCAUUAUCAGCAUUUCCUCAACUAUUUCAACGUAUACCCGUGUGUGAUCCAACGUUACGAUUUAAUUACUUCGUUGAACAUAUUCUUCCUCGUUUCGACACAUCGACUUAUGAUCACACAUUGAUUUAUCUCUCGUCGUAUUUCGAUUUUGUUCGUUUGAGAAACUAUAUGCGUACGGAGAAACACAAACAGUUCAAUUAUUUAACACUGAGCGAAUAUUCAACGAAAAAGCAAGUUCUUCUAGCGAGAAACAUCUUCUAUCAUCGAGAAGUUCGUUUUCUGUUAAUGACCGAACGAUUUCACUUCUAUCAUCGAUAUCGUAUCAAAGGCAUUCGACAUAUUCUAUUCUAUGAUCUACCAUCUUACGGACAUUUCUAUCCUGAAAUAGUACAUUUCCUAACACUACCACAUGUCGAAGAAAAGAAGAAAACAACCUUGACAAGAGCUCAACAUUCGGAUGAACCAAGUACAUGUACGGCGUUAUAUGCCAAGGAAGAUGCAUUGAAACUAGCUUACAUAUUAGGACAACAGGCUGUAACUGAUUUGUUAAAUUCAGAAAAGAAUACACAUAUGUUUACGAAUAAAUGA